AUUUGAUUUGCGAGGGCAGCAGAACCAAAUUCUUUUUUUCGAGGACCCCUUAGAGCCAAUGUCCAUGAGCCCAAGGAUGAAUAUUGCACCGAGAAUGGAAUGAAUUUUCCUCGUCUACCAAGCUUUGUCUUUUCAGAACGGCCCUCACCCCUGAUCUCUUCUCCAUUUGAGCGGAUUGGUCUGUUCUUUGCAACAGCCCCGAUUUCUUAUUCCACCGUGACGCUCUCAUCAUUCCGACUGCACUUUGUCCAAAUUUCUCCUCCUGAGCGCUCAGCCCAAUAGCCCACUGGAUCAGCAACGCGGUCAAAAUCAUGGCUACCGCACCGAAGACCUGCAAGGUUAUACUUGCAGACUCCAUUGCGAGGCGAUUGCUCGAGGAGGUACAGGAAACUCUGCAGUCCAUCGGCAAUGGCAAGCCCCGUCUUGCUGCCUUCCUGGCAAACGAUGACCCAGCUGCUGUCAAGUAUGCUGAGUGGUCACAAAAGACGUGCGAGGAAAAUGGCUUUGCCUUCGACCUGCGACGAGUUGACAAAGAAGCUCUCGAGGAGGAAGUGCGCCUUGCCAACCAAGACAGCAACGUCGACGGUAUCAUCGUCUACUACCCCAUAUGGCCCGAGAAUGUGUCGCAGGACAACUACAUCAAGGAGACAGUGUCACUGGAGAAGGACGUCGAGGGUCUCUGCUUCCGGCACCUGUCCAACAUGUACCACAACGAACGCUACCUCGACCCUCCUGCCAACCUCAAGAAGUCGAUCCUGCCCUGCACGCCGCUCGCGAUUCUCAAGAUCCUUGAGCACCUGCACAUUUACAACCCCAUCCUCGCAGAGGGCAACAGGCUGUACGGAAAGACCAUAACUGUCAUCAACCGCUCCGAGGUCAUCGGCCGCCCGCUCGCCGCGCUCCUGGCCAAUGAUGGUGCGAACGUAUACUCGGUCGAUAUCACGGGCGUGCAGCUGUACACACGCGGCAAGGGCAUCAAGAACCACCGACACCAAGUCGAGGACAAGAAGGACUGGGAGCUGAAGGAUGUUCUGCCCCUCAGCGACGUGAUCAUCUCUGGUGUGCCCGUGGAGAGCUACAAGGUGCCUACGGAUCUACUCCGUGAUGGCGCCGCGUGCAUCAAUUUCUCCUCGUACCGCAAUUUUGAUGGCCCGGCAGUGAAGGAGAAGGCUGCUCUGUACGUUCCCUCGGUCGGCAAGGUGACGGUUGCAUGUCUGUUGCGAAACUUGGUGCGCUUGGUUGCCAAUCGUCCCACAGACAGCAGCCAUCAGCAGGCCCGGAAGGAGGCCUUUACUGAGGGCUAG